UAAUAUUUAUGGAAAUAUUCAUAUCGUUACUUAGAUCGGGAGAUUUCCUCGGCGCCAUCCUUCAUCGACGCCAAAUUCGGUAACAAGCCUUAUAAUCGGAAUCCAAUCCAGCCCUAAUCUUCUUCUUCUCUAUCAGCCGCUUCGUCUCCUGGACACACAAUUGUCAUGAUCAAUGGCAGCAUCAGAAAGAGAUGUUUCAUAUGCUUCUAUUUCAACUUUGGGAAAACAGAAUAGUAAAUUUAUGUAUGUAGAUGACUUUGAUGAUGAUGCUUGGAAUGUGCAAGAAGACCAUAAUUCUGAUGCACUGAGUGAGAAAGUGUCAUAUCCAUCCCCACUUGAUUCUGAGGAUUUUAUGGAUGGAGGUUAUGACUCUGGUGAGGAAAAAAGUCCUCCUGUUAUGAGAAAUGGCGCACCAGAGGUGAACCUGAGAAAUGUAAUGAACGGGCUAGUUGCUAUCGUUACAGGCCGCAAUAAAGACAAUUCUGGCGUUCGCAGUCUUCCUCAAUUGCCUAGCUCAAACGUAUCGUUCCUUGGAUCUGCAAAGAAUGGAGAGACUGUCCUACACUCUUCAGUUUACAUACCAAGUGCUCCCCCGCUUUUUGAUCCUAAUGCACUUAAUUACAGUGCUUACAAAGAGGUGUUGGAGGCUGAGCCACCAGAAUGGCUUCCAGAUAGUUCAACAACAGUGUGCAUGCAGUGCAAUGCUCCCUUUACAGCUUUGACUCGUGGAAGGCAUCACUGUCGUUUCUGUGGAGGUGUUUUCUGUAGGGUUUGCACAAAAGGGAGGUGCUUGUUACCUUCCAAGUUUAGGGAGAGGAAUCCACAGAGGGUGUGUGACACAUGCUAUGAUAGGCUUGAUCCGCUGCAAGGUGUAUUGAUCAAUACAAUCAGCAAUGCUGUGCAGAUUGCAAAGCAUGAUGUGAUGGAUUGGACUAGUACAAGAGGCUGGCUGAAUCUUCCUGUGGGGUUGUCCAUGGAAUAUGAAAUAUAUAAAUCAUCCAGUACUUUGAGAAGCUAUUGCCAGGUUUCUAGGUUGAAUCCUGAGAAGUCCAUACCUGCUGCUGUUUUGAAAGGAGCCAAAGGUUUAGCGAUCUUAACAGUUGCUAAAGCUGGAGUGCUACUUGCAUAUAAACUUGGAACUGGCUUGGUUAUUGCCCGAAGAUCAGAUGGGUCAUGGUCUGCACCAUCUGCCAUACUCUCUGUUGGUUUAGGCUGGGGUGCCCAGGUUGGGGGCGAGCUCAUGGAUUUCAUAAUAGUGAUGCGUGAUGCCAAAGCUGUGAAAACAUUUUGUAGUCGCAUGCACUUUUCUCUUGGUGCGGGUUGCAGUGCUGCCGCUGGCCCAAUUGGGAGAGUUGUAGAAGCAGAUAUGCGAGCUGGGGAAAAAGGCUCUGGCAUGUGCUACACCUAUAGCUGCAGUAAAGGUGCAUUUGUUGGGGUUUCACUAGAAGGGAACAUUGUAGCCACUAGAAUGGAUACAAAUCUCCAGUUUUAUGGCGAUCCAUACCUUACUACAGCUGAUAUUCUGCUCGGGAACGUAGAACGGCCAAAGGCAGCUGAACCUCUGUACACAGCUCUCAGAGCCCUCUUCUCCAAAUGGCAAUGCUGAUGGUGUUAGUAGCAUAUUUAUCGCACUCAUUUAUCUGUAAGCUUAAAUCCCCUUACCUUACUAAGGACUUUGUGAAUAUUUUAGUUUGGCUUUGAAGGGAUUCGGGAUUUAUCUCUCCUGGGAAACACAUGUCGUGCUUAUUUCAAAUUGGUAAAAAGAUUUGGUCAAAUUUGGGACAUACGUGUAUAUAUGAUGGAUCUAUACCCCCCCCUACUGCGACGGCCUCCGAAAAAGGUUGUCUAGUAGUGGUUUCAAGUUCUUACAGUUGUAUAUAUAUUUAUGCUUCUGUGUUAA